AUGGCAUUGGAUAUGGGUGAACUAGAAACGGGUAGAGGGUUGAAUCAAGAACUUGAUCUUGUUAAAGCCAGUGAUACUCGUUGGGGAUCUCACUACAAGUCAUUUGGAAAGUUUAUUAGUAGCUUUGACUCUAUUGUUGAUGUACUUGAUACUCUUGUUGAAAAUGCAAGUACUUUGGAUGAAAGAGCAAGCGCAUUGGGAUUUCUCAGAAGUUGUCAAACGUUUGAGACUAUUUUCUUGUUGCAUUUGAUGAUAGAUGUUUUAGGAAUCACAAAUGAUCUUAAUGUUUCAUUACAGAAAAAGGAGCAAGACAUUGCAAAUGCCAUGAUUCUUGUAAAGGUGACAAGUGAUUUGCUUAAUGGAGUAUCUUGCUUGAAUCUAAUUGAUUCAUUUUCUAGUUUUGACAUAACGAAGAUAAUGAGAAUGGCUGAAUUAUAUCCUAAUGAUUUUGAUGGGUCCAACGUGAGAACUCUUGAGAAUCAACUUGUUAAUUACAUUAUUGAUGUUCGUGAUAUUGAUGAAAGGUUCUCCAAUUUGGGUGGACUUGGAGAACUUUCAAGAAAGUUGGUUGAGACAAAGAAGCAUUUAACCUAUUCUCUCGUAUUUCUUUUAGUGAAGUUUGCUUUGCUUCUACCUGUUGCCACUGCUACAGUUGAAAGAGCUUUUUCAGCAAUGAAGAUUAUCAAGAAUGACUUGCGAAAUUGA